CAUUCCUCCAGCAUCCCGCAACGAUCGCCGACAUAAGCAGGGUUGUAGUCGGAUUCUUGCGCAAAUUUUUGGGGGUUCAAAGUACCGUUUCAACCCUCCUGAGAUCCUCGCAAACAUUUGUCAACAAAGCCCCAAAUCGGGUCUCUCGCAAGAAAGAUUAGAUAUUUUUGGCUCAGCGACGUCGUGUGGUGUUAUCGAAGGACAAUCGCGCCAGCAUGGACAGCCCGCCGAGAGCUUGGAAUGAAGAGAUGACGUACGAAAUGUACUACGGCUACGAGGACCGGUUUCACUGGGACGGUGCACUGUGGGUGCAGGCGGCCGAAGGUGUGGUACCGCCGGAUGCAGUGGUCGCAGGGUACGAGGGUGAGAUUACCUACAUUGGCCGUGCUAAAUAUCACGGUGCUAUCGUGCCCGGUCGGGUCAUACCAUCGAAGCAGGCCUGUGUGAUAGUUUACGACCAUGUCGAGCGUUCCAGGCGCGAUUACCAGGUACUGUGUGGCCACCAAGGAGAGUUUGUGCCGAAGGAUUAUGAUCGUCUCAAGGAGCGGCUUCUGCGGGCAGGAGUAACGAAGCGCGGUGCCCCACUGUACAUCGGUUUGGUGCGGCUCGGACUGACAUCGAUCGUAGGAUGCGUCGAUCCGUCCACCGACCGUUGCCACAUCGGGCUGGAUGGGUUCGAGAAGUCAUACACCGACUACGAUGUGUAUAUUUCCAACGAGGCCACGACCGCUCCGACAUUAGCUCUCUCCACUGAGAAAUCGCCAUAGGCGCCCCC